AAGGCAUAGAGAAAAGAUAGGAAGUUAGUCUCGCGCAACCCAACUCAAAUUUAUGUUAUUGUAUUCGUGGGACUUCUGUAUCCAUAAUGGAUCCUUCUAACUCUGGACUCGACAACGAUUGCAAGAAAGAAAUAUACAAAUACCACAAGAAAGAAUUCAACAACUUGAGAAAAAUUACACUGAAAGAAGCCCGACUCCAUCACCAUAAGCUAAACCUAGAGCAAUUUGUUGUAACUGGAAAAUGUCCGAAAGGACUCGAAUUCACUCCGAAAACUUGUGCCGCCCCGCUGAAAAACUUGACCAAAUGGCAAAAUUUACAUAAAGAAUUUUCAAAACAAUUGACGAAGCAAGCUCUUAAGGAAUGUCGUUCAAGUUUAAAUGAGAUAACUAAUACCAGGUUAGAAAUAGAAAAUAAACUAAGAGCAAAAAUAAAAGCAGAUAUCUGGAAUGCCAUCCGACUUAUGAUAGAUAUUUCUAGAACAAAUCUAACGGCAAAACUUAAAAGAACAAGGAUGAGAAAAAUGAGGAAUACAGUCAUAACAAACGGAAACCCAACUAAAUCAAAUGAAAUAAAUAUAAACACAGUGGAAUCAACUCAGCCAAACUUGACUAGAACCAAACGAAAGAGAAAUAGACGUUUCAAUAGAAAGAGGAAAAGACGAAACAAAGGAGAGAUCGCGACAGUGACCUCAACUUUGUACAAUCUGUCCAAUGUCCAUCUAACUGAGUCACAACGAAAAGUCCUAAAAAAAGGCCUUGGCUUUAGUCCUACUCCCGACAGAUUCGAUAACUUUCAACUGCAAACAGACAUUAAUAAAACAAUUCGCAACUACCGCUUGAAAGAAUACUUUUUUGAUCCAUUCUCCAGUCAAACCAUCAGCGAAGUAGCUGAAACAUAUCCGAAAUCCCUACGUGUUCCAAGUAGAUGGACACCGCCUACAGGGAGAAAUUCUGACUUAGAUCACUUCGCUAACACUCUAAAACGGGAAAUCCAGAAAACGACAUCAAAGAAACGUACAUUUUCCAAUCUCAAAAAAGACGAAGUCGAGGCCUUGAGGGAACUAGAACAAAGAGCAGCAAGGGAUAUCAUCAUAGUACCUGCGGAUAAAGGCGGGGGAACUUGCAUACUCUCCCGAACUGACUACAUCACAGAAGGUAUGCGGCAUCUAUCGGAUAACUUGGUAUACAAGUGCAUUCCAAAAGACAUAUCUAUACAAAUUGGCAACAAAGUAACCAAAUUAUGUCAUAAUAUGAGGGAAGCCGACAUUAUUGAUGACAUACUAUUCAAAGGGAUAACUCCAAAAAGACCUAAACCAGGUCGUUUACGUUUACAACCAAAAGUGCAUAAGAAAAAUCACCCCAGUCGGCCAAUCAUAUCAACAAACGGAACUGCAACGGAAAAAUUAUCAGCUUUCAUAGAUUACAAAUUAACUAACCUCAUGUGCAAAGAGGUAAUACCAUCAUAUGUCAGAGACAGUAUGGAUUUUCUGAAUAUUCUGAAAAAAAUUGACAAUAUUCCGCCAGGAUCUUAUUUGGUAACCAUGGACGUGACUUCCUUGUAUACAAAUAUUCCACAUAAAGAUGGCAUCUUAGCGGUGGAGAAGUAUCUCAGUAAAUAUACCACAGAAAAACGGGAAAUUCCAUAUAUUAAAGAAGCAGUUAAUAUGGUUCUUGAUAAUAAUAAUUUUGUAUUUGACGGAAAGCAUUAUCUCCAAAUCAAUGGGACAGCGAUGGGAACUAAGAUGGCUCCCAAAUAUGCAAACAUAUUUAUGGCAGACUUAGAGUCUGAGAUUCUAGAAACAGCCAAGAUUAGGCCACAAUACUACUAUAGAUACAUCGAUGACUGUUUUCUGAUCUGGACACACGGCGAAACCGAGCUUAUAUCUUUUAUAAACCAUGCGAAUUCAAUACACCCUUCUAUCAAGUUCACAUUCGAAUACUCAACGGAAAACAUUACAUUUUUAGACGUAAAAGUCCAUAUCAUGGACAACAAAUUGGAAACGGAAAUUUACACUAAAGACACGGACUCUCACCAAUAUCUUUUACCCUCCUCAUGCCACCCCAAACAUAUUACUGCAAACAUUCCAAAGGGACUCUUCAUAAGAAUAAGAAGAUCGUGCUCAAAUGUCGAAUUUUUUGACAAACAUGCAGGAAUUAUGAAACGCUAUCUCAUGCAACGAAAUUACGAAGAGACUUCUAUUGACAAAACAAUAAAAUUGGUAAAAGAAAUGAACAGAGAUUACCUUUUAACACCGAAAAGUACAAAACAAGGUCAGCAACUAUUGCCAUUUAUUACCAACUACCACCCAAACCAACCGCACUUUAGAAAAAUAUUUUCGGACUACCAAUAUAUUCUUGACAACAAUGCACGACUAAAAGAGAUUUUCCCUCAACCUCCGAAAAUUGCAUAUAGAAAGUGCCCUACAUUACGCGAUAGACUGGUUAGAGCUAAACUACAACCAGUAAUAUCACAGAAAGUACAAUCUGGUUUUUAUAAAUGUAAUAGAAAAGCAUGCACCACCUGUAAAUAUUCCGAAGAAACAAAAAUAAGUACCGGGAACGUGACGGGAGUCCAUAUAAACAUUAACGAAAGAAUAAGUUGUAAAUCAAAAAAUGUUAUUUAUCUAAUAAACUGUAAGAAAUGUGCGAUGCAGUAUAUCGGCGAGACUGGAAGGUCGUUAAAAUAUCGUAUAACAGAACAUCUGAGAAGUAUUACGAAAAGGAAAUAUGAUUUAGUAGUGGGAGAACACUUCAACAAACUGGGACAUUCAAUAAGUGACUUUUCAGUAACUGGAAUAAAAAAACUAUUCAGAGACCAGGGCUAUCGCCAAACAGUAGAAGCAUACUACAUCAACAAAUUCGGAACAUUGGAACCACAAGGACUCAAUUCACGGGAGAAAUAGACUGUAGACUCAUCUAGGAAUUAUUAUUUAAUAAUAAUUUUCAUUUCAACGUCAUAUAAUAUUUAAAUUUAACAAUCACUCUUUUUCUUAAGUUUAUAUUAUUACUCGCCCCUUGAUUGGCGUUUUAUUUUACUAUUAUUUUCAAGUGUCCCAAGUUUAAUUUUAAUUAUAAUUCGAAACCUUGGAGUUAUGUGCUUGCGAUAUUUUUUUAAUUUUUUA